AUGGCAGCCUGUGUGAAAACCAAUAAAUCCCAUGUCAUCUUUAAGAAGGUCUCUCGGGACAAGUCGGUGACCAUCUAUCUGGGGAAGAGAGACUACAUAGACCAUGUCAGCCGAGUAGAACCUGUAGAUGGAGUUGUCCUAGUGGAUCCUGAGCUUGUGAAAGGGAAGAAAGUGUAUGUCACUCUGACGUGUGCCUUCCGCUAUGGCCAGGAGGACAUCGAUGUGAUUGGCCUGACCUUCCGCAGGGACCUGUAUUUUUCUCGGGUCCAGGUAUACCCUCCUGUUGGGGCUGUGAGCGCCCCCACCCAACUGCAGGAGAGCCUGCUCAAGAAAUUGGGAAACAACUCGUAUCCAUUUCUGCUCACGUUUCCUGACUACCUGCCAUGUUCAGUGAUGUUGCAGCCUGCUCCACAAGAUGUUGGGAAGAGCUGUGGGGUCGACUUUGAGGUCAAAGCGUUUGCCACAGACAUCAUAGAUGCCAAAGAGGACCAGAUCCCCAAGAAGAGCUCUGUGCGGUUACUGAUCCGGAAAGUGCAGCAUGCCCCACCUGACAUGGGUCCCCAGCCCUGUGCUGAGGCAUCCUGGCAGUUCUUCAUGUCUGACAAGCCCCUGAACCUCUCAGUCUCCCUCACCAAAGAGAUAUUCUUCCAUGGAGAACCCAUCCCUGUGACUGUGACUGUGACCAAUAACACAGACAAGGUUGUGAAGAAGAUUAAUGUGUCAGUGGAACAAAUAGCCAAUGUGGUUCUCUACUCAAGUGAUUACUACAUCAAGCCUGUGGCCACAGAGGAAACACAAGAAAGAGUGCAGCCAAACAGCACGUUGACCAAGACGCUGGUGCUGGUGCCUCUGCUGGCUAACAACAGGGAGAGAAGAGGUAUCGCGCUGGAUGGGAAGAUCAAGCAUGAAGACACCAACCUGGCCUCGAGCACCAUCGUCAAGGAGGGCAUUGACAGGACUGUCAUGGGCAUCCUGGUGUCAUACCAUAUCAAGGUGAAGCUCACAGUGUCAGGCUUUCUAGGAGAGCUCACAUCCAGUGAAGUGGCUACUGAAGUGCCAUUCCGCCUCAUGCACCCACAGCCUGAGGACCCAGAAAAAGAAAGUGUUCAGGAUGAAAAUUUGGUUUUUGAGGAGUUUGCUCGUCAAAAUCUCAAAGACUCUGGAGAGAACACAGAAGGGAAGAAAGAUGAAGAUGGGGGCCAGGAUGAAUGA